GAAACGGUGCGUAGUAAAACCGUUUUCCACUAUGAAUGUUCUGUGUUAAUAUAAUCAGGAAUUAACCGGUAAUUCCAAACUAAUACCAAUCAAACAAGUCGUACAGCUGGCGAUUUUAGAAACCUUAGACUUUCUAAACUCGCGUCCAGCUGGGUGAAACGGCAUGACAGUGUAUACAUUUGGCCUCCCUCGGCUGCCUUAGAACCGGAAGUAGCUGCGUCACCCCCGCCGGCGACUUGUUUACAUUUUUUUUGUAGCGUAUCAAGAGGCUGUAAUGCCUAAUAACGGACGUCUUUCUGGCCUGUGUCGCGUUACCGAACACCUUUACGUGAGUAACGGCAAGGCGGCCGGUCUCGUUUCUCUGCUGAGAGCGAACAACAUAACGUGCGUCGUCAACGUCACUGAGACCAAGAGGAGUGGCAGCAGCCAUCUUCCUAACGGCGUGGAGUACAUCCACAUCCCGCUGGCCGACUCUCCGUCCACACUUAUCGCGGAUCAUUUCGACGGCGUGGGGGAGACAAUACAGCGGAUAGCGCGCGGUGGCGGCCGGACGCUAGUGCACUGCAAUGCCGGGGUGAGCCGCUCGGCUGCGCUGUGCAUGGCCUUUCUCGUCAAGCACCACAGUGUCACCCUGCUGGAGGCCCACGCCUGGGUCAAGACCUGCCGACCCAUGGUGAGGCCGAACAACGGAUUUUGGAAGCAGUUGAUCCAGUAUGAGAAGGAGCUUCGCGGGUGCACAUCGGUCCAGAUGGUGUCCUCGUCCAUGGGAGAGAUACCUGACAUUUAUGAAGAGGAGGCCAGAAAUAUGAUGCCAUUCUGACUCAAGUGUGAGGGAUCUACUGAUGCAGGGGCGUCACUAGCUUUUAAGAACAGGGGGGGGCUUAGUCCCCAGGAGAGCGAACGUAGCGCACGAGCACAAAACUUCACAAACGGCUAACAAAGACUUUGAAAUUAUUCAUUGUUAUUAUUAUUAUUUUAAAAAUGCACGGGACGAAAUGAAAUGCUCCCCGGGACAAUGGCUUUUAACCAUUUUUUUUUCUUUUUCUUUUUAUGUAUUUAUUCAUUUUACAUGUUAUAUUAAAUGUCUUGGUAUUUCCUCCCUCUGAAAAUCCUAUGAAAUGUUUAACAAGCCAUCCUAUAAUAAUACAACAGCUAUUAAUGUAACAAUACAAUAAAACAAAUAUAUUUAAUUAUGUUUUUUUCAUUAUUUUAACAUUAGGCUAAUGUAUAUUACUUUAUAUAGAUUCUACAAGGGUAAUGUGGGCAUUUUCUAUAUGAACAAGUCCAAGGACCGCAAGCAAGGUCGCAGAGAAAAUGCGGACUGGAUUUUGAGUGAUGUGGGCAUUUUCUAUAUGACCAAGUGGAAUGGAUUGGAUACCGACACACUAAAGGGACUCUCUACCU